AUGAAAUUGUGUUUACCAUCAUUUGGGGCAACUCUAAUUCUUUUCACUCUAUGGAUCUAUAACAAAGAGCCCCGCUUUUCGCCAUCCUUGUCCAAGCCCAGCACCAAAGACCCUGUCCAAGAAACAUUUUACGACGAACCAAAUAUCCGUUACACGAUGGACAAGCCCAUCGACAAUUGGGAUAGGAAAAGAGGCCUUUGGCUCAGAAACAACCCAAAUUUGGCAUCAAAUAAUAGUGUGAUGGUUGUAAGUGGUUCUAAGCUUUCCCCUUGCAAAUUCCCAAUUGGAGAUCACUUGUUGCUUAGGUUUUUCAAGAACAAGGUUGACUAUUGUAGGAUUCAUGGGUACAAAAUUUUCUACAACAACGCUUAUUUGGAGCCCAAGAUGAGAUCUUUUUGGGCCAAAAUACCUGUCCUCAAGGCUGCCAUGUUGGCCCAUCCAGAAACGGAGUGGCUGUUUUGGGUCGACUCGGAUGCAGUUUUUACGGAUAUGGAGUUUAAGGUUCCUUUGGAGAGGUACAAAGAUCAUAAUAUGGUGGUCCACGGUUGGCCCAAUAUGAUCUACGAAGAUAAGAGCUGGGUGGGGUUGAAUGCAGGUGUGUUUCUGAUUCGCAACUGUCAGUGGACUAUGGAGUUUUUGGAUGUUUGGGCCAAUAUGGGCCCAAUGAGCCCAGACUACAACAAAUGGGGCGAAAUCUUAUCACAGACUUUGAAGGACAGAAUGUUCCUGGGUGCGGACGAUCAAUCGGCCCUCGUUUACUUGCUUCUUAAAGGAGAUAAAAAAUGGACUAACAAGAUUUACGUGGAAAAUCAAUAUAAUUUGCACGGCUAUUGGCUAGAACUAGUCAAAAAGUUUGACAAUAUUGCUGAGAAGUACAUAGAGAUCGAAAAACGUGACAAGAUGCUUAGGCGGCGGCAUGCGGAGGUUACGGGUGAGGCUAAGAUGCGGAGGAACGUGGUCGAGGGUCUCGAUGACUUGCGGCGACCAUUUGUGACCCAUUUUACGGGGUGCCAGCCGUGCAAUGGGGAACACAACGUAAUUUACAAGGAGGAUUCUUGUUGGGUAGAAAUAGAGAGAGCACUAAAUUUUGCAGAUAAUCAAGUGCUUAGGAAUUAUGGGUUCGUGCACCCAAAUUUAAAGGAUGGGUCGCUCGUGAGGCCGUUGCCCUUUGACUACCCGAGUGGUCUUCGAUGA